AUGUAUUCUCCAGUUCCUCAUAUUAAUGACCAAUUGGAAUACAUUAAUGCGACUGAAGAAUCGAUUUUUGACUUACAAGAGCAAAUAUCAUUGCUUAUUAAACAAGAAAAAAUCAAAUCUGAUUCAAUUGCAAAGUUAUCGCUGAAAAUUAAUCAGAAAAACGAAGAAAAAAGUGGGUUGUUAACUACAUCGCAUACUAAAUCCAUAAAAUCUGAUUCAAAAUUAAAUGAUGAAAUAUCUAAUGAAAGCAACAGAUUACAACAGCUAGAGCAAAAACUUUCCAUUUUACAGAGAAAAUAUGAAAUUGUCGACAAAGAUGUUCAAAACUUUCAAAAACUUAGUGAUAAUUUAAAUAUACACUUGAAAAGCACCCAAACACAAUAUCAUUCGCUUCUUGAACCAAAAGAACAAGCUGAUCAAUCAAAUAUAGUUGAAUUACAAGCAAUUGAACUACCAGAUCAAAUCCGAAGUCUAAAUGACAAAAUAUUAGCUACACAGAAGAGUAUUUCGUCAUUAAAUGAUAUAAAAGAACUUAUCACAUCAAAAUUAUCUAUUUUAAAACAAACAAGAACAAUUUUAGACAAAGAAAUCCAUGAUAAACAAGCAAAAUAUGAAGAAUCAUUAGAAAGUUCACCUAAAUCAAACGAAAAUACAUAUGGUUCUCCAAUAAAAUCAAAGUUUGAGUUUGAAUCUUUAAUAUCUACUCAAGAAAAAAGAAACAAUGCAUUACAGAAUGAGAUCAACAAUGCUGAUAGCCAGAUACAAGUUGCUAAUAACUUAAUACGAAGCAAAAACAAUCAAAUUUCGAAGAAAAACCUUGAAUUACAAAAUUUGAAUUCAGAAAUCUCAACAACGACAUUCCAACUGGAUCUAUUAAGGAAAAGAGCACCACCAAUUACAAACAAUCUCUUGAAUUCAUUAACAGAAUCCAAAAUCAGCAUCUUUCAAAAAACAGAUAGAUUAGAGAAGGAACUGGAAGAAACACAAGAUCAACAAACAAAGAUCCAAACGAAAUUAGAGAAUUUGUCCCAAAAAAUAGAACAUCAAGGAAAUAUUUCCAAGAAACUUGAUGAAAUAGAACAGAAAAUAUAUAAAUUAAAGUCUAAUACUGAUGACAACACUUUAGAAAUCAAAAUGAGCAAAGAACUCAAGAUGAUUGAAUUAGAUAUCGAAGAACAACAAAAAGAAGCUCAAAAACUGCAACAGAUUAUACUAGAUUCAUUAGAUAAACCUGUGGAACUUCCAAAAGUCCAAUAUGAAACAGAUCUUGAAAAAGAUCUCAAAAAAAUUCUGAAACAAGCUGAUGCAACUAAGUACGAACUAGAGUAUUUAGCUAAUAAGAAGAAAUACCUAGCAAAACAGAUCAAAGAACACGCGAAAAAGAUUUAUGAAUUUUCUUUGAUGAAUACUGAGCUAAAUACAAGUCAUAACUCAGAUCUUUACGAGCUAUCCAACAUAUGUCGUAUGCUUAGAUCUAAAAUUAAAGAAAAAGCCAGAGAAAUUAGAGCAAAAUUAGACUAUCUUGACACAAGAAAUGAUACAUUAAAGAUGCAAAUAGCUGAUUAUGGCCAUUAUGAUGAAAGAAGAGAUGUUUUUGUUCUCGUCGACGAUUCUCUUUCCGAAAUUUCAAAAGAUUUUACAUUUUCUCAGUCGUUUUUUAGGGAAUUGCUCAAACAACUGGCUAUUUUUGACAAGGAAAAUAUUGAUUACAAUCUGUUCCUCAACAAAUAUUCAAAAAAAUUAGAUUCUUAUUUGAAUUUUUAA